CGGCGCGUCCCGCCCCCGGACCUGACCAACCAGGAAUCAGGUGGGCGGGGAGUGGGCGGGGCCGGUGCUGGAGGAGAGCUGGAAGUAGGACAGCCCCGUCCCCGGCCGCCGCGCGCGCAGAUUUCUGAUUGCCAUGGCUGCAGUUGACAGUUUCUACCUCUUGUACAGGGAGAUUGGUCGUUCUUGCCACUGUUAUGUGGAGGCACUGGCUUUAGUUGGAGCCUGGUAUAUGGCCAGAAAAUGCUUCACUCUUGUAUAUGAUUCUUACAGCUUGAUCAGGCUGCAUUUCAUUCCCAAGCUGGUGAGCAGGGCUGAUUUGGUCAAGAGGUAUGGAAGAUGGGCUGUAGUCACUGGUAGCACAGCUGGUAUUGGAAAAGCCUAUGCUGAAGAACUGGCAAGCCGUGGCAUCAACAUUAUCUUAAUCAGCCGGAGCAAAGAGAAGCUGGAGGCCGUAGCUAAAGACAUAGCCGAAACCUAUAAAGUUGAAACUGCUGUUAUAGUAGCAGAUUUCAGCAAAGGUCGUGAGGUUUACUCUUCCAUUAAGGAAGCCCUCAGAGACCAAGACAUUGGGAUUUUGGUGAAUAAUGUAGGAGUGUUUUAUUCCUACCCGGAAUAUUUUACCAGGUUGUCUGAGGACAAACUAUGGGAAAUUGUCAAUGUAAAUAUUGCUGCUGCUAACAUGAUGGUGCAUAUAGUGCUGCCAGGAAUGGUACAGAGGAAAAGAGGUGCGAUUGUGAAUGUUUCUUCUGGAUCCUGCUGCAAACCCACACCACAGAUGGCAGCGUAUUCAGCCUCCAAGGCCUACUUGGACCACUUGAGUAGAGCACUACAUUACGAAUAUGCUUCAAAAGGAAUCUUUAUUCAGAGUUUAAUCCCAUUCUUCAUCUCCACAAACAUGACACAAUUUGGUGAUCGCAUUCUGUCAAACAAGUUUUUGUUUGUGCCUUCAGCUAAAGUAUAUGCACAUCAUGCUGUUUCCACCCUUGGGAUAUCCAGAAGGACUACAGGAUACUGGAUCCAUUCUAUUCAGUUUCUGCUUGUACAGUACAUACCAGAAUGGCUCUGGGUUUGGGGAAUGCAGAUUCUCAACAGUGCUCUACGUCAGGAUGCCAUAUCCCACAGAAUAUAUUAGGAAUAUCAUCUAGGAAAUAACCAAUGUGCUAAAUUACUGCACUAACCUAAUUUUCAGCAUUGGAAGAACUCUUUUAGAAAAAACAAAGUUUGCUAGUAUGUUUUCAUCACAAACAAUAUACGUAUCAUAGUUACCAGAAAAGUCUGGAUCCUGCCCCUCUCUUUGUACUACUGGGCCCAAAGCAAAAGCUAAGCAGGACAUAACUGAUUUUUGUCAAGUUUAGUUCAGCUAGUUAAAUCUGAGUUUCUCAUGUAACUGAAUGAGAGUGGGCAGUGUGCUGAUCCUGCAUGAAAUUGACUGGCUUCUGUAUGGAAAUCCUAAUAAUAUGAAUGGGAAUUUAGAUAGCCUGGUGUUUUGCAGGAUUGGGCACUGGAAGAGUUGAAGGGGAUCCCAAAUCAUGUUGUAUUAUAAAGACAAUCUCAGAUUUUAGAUGAACUAUAAAUCUCUCUAUAGUGGACUAUCUUGUGUUGGUUUUCCAAUCUUGUCAUUGCAGGUGUUAUGUUGAAAAAUGUGUAAGGUUACUUUUCAAAACUGGGAAAAAGGUAGAAGACAUUUAAGCCUUUUUAGCUAAUUUUUUGUUUGUGUGUGUUCUGUAUUGCUAUGACAGAGCAGCAAUAAAGUUCAAAUAAAAA